CGCGCAUCGCGCAGUGGUGUGCUCGCAGGUGUGUGUUGCUCUGCGGCCUCCAGCGCCGCUACAGCACCGGUUUCUCAUCCACAACUCCAGUCACCCGAGCUUGGAAUGUUCCCGGAACUUAAUAGCCUUCUGAACACCACCCCUGCCAGGGUGGAGCAGGGGAAAAUGACUCUACUUUGUGAUGCCAAGACAGAUGGCAGUUUCCUUGUCCACCAUUUUCUUUCCUUCUACCUCAAAGCUAACUGUAAAGUCUGCUUUGUGGCACUCGUCCAGUCUUUCAGUCACUACAAUAUUGUGGGACAGAAGCUGGGUGUCAGUCUGACCAUGGCACGGGAACGUGGGCAGCUUAUAUUCCUUGAGGGUCUCAAGUCUUCAGUGGACGUCUUCUUCCAGGAUCAGGAGGAGCCACAUCCCUUGCAGUUUCUCAGGGAGGCCAGUGCUGGGAAUUUGGAACCAUUGUAUCAGUUUGUGCGGGAGGCCCUGAAGCCCGUGGAUAAUGGGGAGACUACUUGGAAGUGUCCAGUGCUGCUGGUGGAUGACCUCAGUGUAUUGCUGAGUCUAGGCUUGGGGGCAGUGGCCGUGCUGGACUUCAUUCACUACUGCAGAGCCACCGUGUGCCAGGAGCUAAAGGGAAAUGUGGUGGCCCUGGUACAUGAUAGUGGAGAUGCUGAGGAUGAGGAGAACAACAUCCUGCUGUAUGGCCUCAGUCAUCAGAGCCACCUAAUCCUGAGGGCUGAGGGCCUGGCCACCGGUUUCUGCAAGGAUGUGCAUGGACAGCUGAGGAUCCUUUGGAGGAGACCAUCGAAGCCCACAGCCCGGCGAGAUCAGAGCCUCACCUAUCAGUAUAAGAUACUGGACAGGAGUGUGUCCUUUUUUGCCAGAGGAAUGUCUCCUGCUGUUCUGUGACCUGAUUUAGGGGCAACCGAGGCUCCUUUGGACUGUUUGGGAUGUGGAAGACAAAGGAGCCCCGCAGGAUGGGUCUUGUGCCUUUGUCAUAUUGUUUCAGACUGAGCUGGCAGCUCCCCUGACACUCGGGGAGGGGCUGUGAUGGCAUGUGUGCCUUUGCUAUCUGGGCCCUGUUCAGAAAACAUGGUGAGGAUCCACGACCCUGAGAGAGGCUGUAUGUUCAACCCCAAUAGAAGGCACUUUGGAGCUUUCCAUGUAAAUACACUAUAGCUCCACCUGCCCAUUUUGGGUUGUUAUGCCUUUUAGGGCAAGAGUGGAUACAGUGUGCCAGCAAGUGAUAUCCUGAAUGGCUGGUGUCCAGAGUGACAACUAGGACAACUGUGGCCGGAGUAAAGUGAGUUCCCAGGUUGGGCCUCCUGGGGGUUGUCUCUCUUAAGUUUUAUCUUCAUGUUGCAAAGACACCAGCAAGGAAGCAGGCUUAGCGCCUAUAGAUAUUGGGGCCUAACUCCAAAGUUCACACUCCCUGACAGUCAAGGAGCCCAGGGGCAGGCCCUACACCCAACAGUGUAAACCUUCUGCUUCUCCUGUUUUUUUGGUGCUUGGCGCAUAUGCUGGAGUCCUUGACAUCAGGGGUCCUGUGUAGUGCACAGGUGGGUAUAACCUUGGUAUAAGAGGUAAGGAAAGUUCUUGAUACCAGGCAGGAUGGGGCCUUGGUGAGGAGCUGGUUCAGAUCUCACUUUUGAAGACUGCAGCAGGUGAGCUCUUGCCCCAGCAUCCUGUAAAUGACAACUGGUCCCACUCAGCCCCCUUAGUUAGGGUUACCCCAGAAGGGAUACCAGGAGUAUUCUCUUAAAAUGGGUGCAUUGUUUUGUAUGUGAAUAAUACCGCAAGGAAUUUUAUCUUAAAAAUAAAUGAAAACCUAUUUUGCAGUAUACUAAGGAAUUUUCAUAUCUGUGUUUAAUUUCUCUAAAUUGUUUAGUCUUUGUGAAGGGGAAAAAUUUAUCACUUUUGCUCCCAAAUCAAACUGACUGUUGUGUUGGUUUUCCUUCUGAAAUAAUAGAUUCCUUUAUUUUCAAAAUAUUACAGACCUGUUAGAAUAUUGGAAUAUUAUGUUAACAAGUCUAUUGAUUUUAUCAUUAUUAUUAAUACAUCAGGUUUUUUGUUUUGUUAUUAGCAAUUAAACUCAGUGUGCUCUGUCACUGAGCUACAUCCUCAGACCUUAACCUUAAUAUUUUAAAUUUUAAGGUAGGGUCUUGCUGAGUUUCUGAGGCUGGCCUCAAACUUGUGAUCUUCCUGCCUUCGCCUCCUGCGUCACUGGGAUUACAGGCAUGAGCCACUAUGCUUACUUCAGUAUUUAUACAAGCUUUAUUUGAACUACUGUUCUGGACAGGCAGGGCACUGUUUUUUACAUGAAUUGUUGCUAUCAUGUUUCUUCAUUUAAUUUGUAAAUGUUUCCAUUAAUUUUUUGUUUAAUGACUGUUCAGCAUUUUAUGGUAUCAUUAUAUUGUAAUUUACUUAUCUAUUCUCUCUGCAUGUAGGGCCCAGUUUUGACAGUUAUUCAUUAUGGUAUUAAAAAUUUUAUGUAUUGGGCCAGGCAGGGUGAUGCACACCUGUAAUCCCAGCUGCUCAGGAGGCUGAGGAAGAAUGCAGUUUCAAGGCAAUUUGACUAGACUGUCUCAAACUAAAAAGCAAAACAAAACUAGGAUAUCAAAAAAUGACACAGCUCAGUGAUAAAGUACCCCUGGGUUCAAUCCCCAAUACUGGGAGGAAAAAAAAGAAAUUUUAGUCUAAUCCCUGAAGUGGCUCUUAUGCAUUACCGGGUUGUUCUUCAAAAUGGUGGAGCUGGCAGCUAGGAUUAUACAUCAGUGGCAAAGAGCUUGCUCAGCAUGCACAAAGUACUAUCAAAACAAAACAAAAAAACAAGGAAACCACAGUGAUGGAGCCAGUUAACAGUAAUACACAGAUUUUUCUCCAUCACCUUUGGGUUUGACUUUUUUUUUUGUUAAUUUAAUAGCAAUGCAAAGUUGUGUAAAAUGAACAUUUCUUUAAUGUCUAGGAUAUGCUUUUUUCUGUAUAUUCACAUGUACAGAAUAUGUUCCUCUGUUGCUCAUUAUCAAUUCAAACAUGGUAUGAAUCUGAGUUUAUUCUUUAUAAUAUUUUAGAGAGUAAUAUUUUAUCAUUGUCUUUUUUAUAGAUAUUUCUCUACAUUUUUUAAAAUACUUGUAUUUAAAAAUGUUUGUUUUAUAUUCAGAUGUUUAUUCAGAACAUCUCUUUUACAUAAGAAGGAAUGUUUUUUGUAAAGAUAAAAAUAUUCCUAGGGGCUGGGGUUGUAGCUCAGUGGUAGAGCGCUUGCCUAGCAUGUUUGAGGCACCAGGUUGGACCCUCAGCACCAC